AUGGAAAAAAGAAAAAUAUGGGGAAAAGGUUAUAUAAGAACAAAUAAAGGAAUAUAUAUAGGAGAUAUAAAAGAUAAAAAAAAACAUGGAUGGGGUAUAACAAUAAAUAAUAACGGAAAUAAAUAUGAAGGGUUAUUUGAAAAUGAUGAAAGAAAUAUAUUUGGAUCAGAAUUAUUAUGUUGUUUAUACAAACAUAAUUACAAAAAUAACAAAAUAAAAAAGGACGAAAAAUUGGACGAAAAUGAGAUAGAACAAAAUAGUGAAAAAGAAUUUGAAAGGGGUAAUAUCUGCUUAAAUUCAAAUAGAUAUAUAUAUAUAGGAAAUUUUAAAAAAGGCAAAAAACAUGGAAAUGGUGUUUUAAUAGAUUAUAAUAAUUAUGUUAUGUAUAGUUGUAUAUUUUUAAACAAUAUUAUUGUAUAUAAAGAUAUUUUAUUUUCCUUAAUUACUAACUAUAAAUCAAAAUAUCAAAAAAAAAACGAAAUUAUCAAUUUUUUUGAUAAAAAUAAAGGAAUUAAAAACAAGUUAACAAAUAAAACAGAUACAGUUUUUUUCAUAAAAUAUAAAUAUAUAAUUUUGAAUUAUAUAAAAUUGUAUCAAGACAUUAUGGACAAAAUUAAAAAAUAUGAUGAUUUACAUUCACUAUUUUUAAAAUAUGAAUCAGGAAAAAAUAAAUGUGAUUGGAAUGAAGAAAGCGAAACUUAUUAUAUUAAUGUGGAAGAAAAUAAAAUAAAAUCUAUCAAUCACUUUUCAAAUUAUCAAAAAAAUGACCAAGUAUCAAAUAAGCAAAAAACUAUAUCUGGUUGUAUGUACAAAAAUGUUGAUUACAAUUAUAACAAUACAAUAGUUAGUGAAAAAGAAAAAAAAAACACACACAUAUAUAACGAAAUAAAUAAAAUUCUUCCAUCAUAUUUUAGAAAAAAAAAAAAAAAACAUAAUUUUGUAUCAUUAUCUUAUGCUCAGAAUAGUAUAUAUUGGAAUGUUUUUGAAUUGAAUUUUUUUUUAUUUCUGAUUGGAAUUCCUAGAAAAAUAAUCGAAAUAUUUAUAAUAAAUGAAAUAGAUGGAUAUUGCUUAAAAUAUAUAGAAAAUAGGUUAUUAAAAAAUAUGGGUAUUUCCGAUAAAAUUAUAAAAAGGUGUAUUAUAUUAUCUAUUCAGUGUUUACUAAAAUUAAGAGAAAAAUAUAAACAUAAAAAAAAAAUUAAAAUGUCAAAUAACAAAAUUGAUAAGAAAUUAUUUAUAAAUAAAAAUAAAAUAUGGUUGUUAAAAUUAAUAGGAAGAGGUGGUUACAAUAAUGUGUAUAAAUGUCUGUAUAUAAAUAAUAUCAAAAAUUGUAGAAAUGAGCAAGUGUCAAAUUGUAGAAAUGAGCAAGUGUCAAAUUACAAAAAGUUCAAUAUAAAUAAAUCAAUAAAUAAUAUUGCAUUAAAAAUAUGUAUAGAUAAAAAAUAUAGUUAUGAUUUUUUUUCAGAAUUAAAAAUCUUAUCAAUUUUGAGGCAUCCUAAUGUUUCCUUAUUUUUAGGUGGAAUAAAAGAUUCACAAGCAAUAGCACUUGAAUAUAUUCCAAAUGGUAGUAUAUUUGAUAUAUUGCAUAAAAAAAAAAUAAAAAUACAAAUUUUAGAUGUAAUUAAAAUGUGUAAAGAUAUAACAGCAUUUAUGUCAUUUCUUCAUAACAAAGGAAUAUUACAUUGUGAUUUAAAAUCACCAAAUAUUUUAUUAUCAGAAUCAGGGGAAAUAAAAAUAUGUGAUUUUGGAUUAUCGAUUUUUAAUUUUUAUAAUAAACCAAAACACUUAGGAAUAGUAGGAACAUAUCAAUGGACAGCCCCUGAAAUAUUAAGAGGUGAAGGAUAUACAAAAAAAGCGGAUGUAUAUUCUUUUGGGGUCAUAUUAUGGGAACUUUUACAUCAAAAAAUUCCUUUUAAUGAUUUAAAACAUCCAAUAGACAUAAUAGCUCAAGUUGGAUAUUUAAAUAAACAUCUUAUCAUAAAUAAUAAUAUAAAUAAAAAAUUGUUAUAUGUAUUAACUAGUUGUUUACAUAAAAAUAAAAGAAAAAGAAAAUCUUUUUUUUUUUGGUCUGAAUAUUUUGACAUUCUAUAUAAAGCUAACAUAUCUUGUGAAAACAAAAAAUUAUCUUUUCUUUUGACUUAA